ACAUGCAACUAGUCUAAGCCAUAGAAAAAAAUACCUGUACCUCACACUCAGCAUAGAAAGAAAACGAAAUAGAGAAGGGAGACUUGGAAAAAAAAUAAAUAAUAAAACAAGAAAAAGGAAGAAACGAAACAGAGUCGUUGUCUGGCUUUUUCUGUGUUUCCACAAAAUAUCAAUAUUCUUCAACGCCCUUAUCUUCUUCUCUCAAAUCGAGUUGCUAGUGCAAGGAACAGAAUAAAUAAAGCAUUACCUUCCAACACUCGUAAGCCAUAAUAAGAACACAUUAGGGUUGUGAAGAUGGCAGUGGGGAAAGAAGACGUUGAGAUCGUUAAAGCUCGCAUCGAUAAGAGGGACUACAGAAGGAUCGUGCUUAGCAAUUCUCUCCAAGUGCUUCUCAUUAGCGAUCCCGAUACCGAUAAGUGUGCUGCUUCCAUGGACGUUGGCGUCGGUUCCUUCAGUGACCCUGCUGGCCUUGAAGGCCUUGCUCAUUUUCUAGAGCACAUGCUGUUUUAUGCCAGUGAAAAAUACCCAAUGGAAGAUAGCUACUCCAAAUAUAUUGCUGAGCAUGGAGGAAGCACCAACGCUUUUACAUCUUCUGAUCACACCAACUAUUAUUUUGAUGUUAAUACAGAGGGCUUUGAAGAGGCUCUGGACAGAUUUGCUCAAUUCUUCACUAAACCAUUGAUGUCUGCUGAUGCCACCAUGAGGGAAAUUAAAGCUGUUGACUCUGAAAACCAGAAGAAUUUGUUAUCUGAUGCAUGGAGAAUGAACCAGCUUCAUAAACAUCUCAGUGAUGAAGAUCAUCCGUAUCAUAAAUUUAGCACAGGGAACUGGGACACUUUGGAAGUUAGACCCAAAGCAAAAGGAUUAGACACAAGGAUGGAGCUUCUCAAAUUCUAUGAAGAAAACUAUUCUGCUAAUAUAAUGCAUCUAGUUAUAUACACAAAUGAAAGUCUUGAUAAAAUUCAAAACAUUGUGGAGGUGAAGUUCCAGGAUAUUAGAAACACCAACAAAAGUUGUUUCCAUGCUCGUGGUCAGCCAUGCAAAUCUGAGCAUUUGCAGAUUCUUGUCAAGACUGUUCCAAUAAAACAAGGUCAUAAAUUGAGAAUUGUAUGGCCAGUAACCCCUGAAAUUCAUCAUUACACUGAAGGACCAUGCAGGUAUCUGGGUCAUCUCAUUGGCCAUGAAGGAGAAGGGUCUUUAUAUUACAUCUUGAAAAAACUGGGAUGGGCUACCGGCUUGUCUGCAGGUGAAUCUGAUUCGAGCUUGGAGUUUUCUUUCUUUAAAGUUGUUAUUGAUCUUACUGAUGCUGGUCAUGAGCACAUACAAGAUAUCAUAGGGUUAUUGUUCAAAUACAUUGAUCUUCUACAACAGUCUGGUGUUUGCAAAUGGAUAUUUGAAGAGCUUUCAGCAGUCUGUGAGACCAAGUUUCAUUAUCAAGACAAAAUUCCUCCUAGUGAUUAUGUUGUUAAUAUUGCAUCAAAUAUGCAGUUUUAUCCUCCUAAAGAUUGGUUGACAGGAUCAUCCUUACCUUCUAAAUUUAGCCCAAGUGUGAUCCAAAUGGUACUAGAUCAGCUUUCUCCAAACAAUGUUCGAAUCUUUUGGGAUUCUAAAAAUUUUGAAGGGCUUACUGAUAAGGUGGAGCCAUGGUAUGGAACUGCAUAUUCUGUUGAAAAGAUCACUGGCUCUGUGAUUCAGGAGUGGGUGCGUUCUGCUCCUGAUGAAAAUAUGCAUCUUCCAGCUCCUAACAAAUUCAUUCCAACUGACCUGUCACUUAAAAGUGUGCAAGAAAAAGUAAAGUUUCCAGUUUUGUUAAGAAGGUCAUCUAAGUCAGCCUUAUGGUAUAAGCCAGAUACAGUAUUUUUGACACCCAAGGCUUAUGUGAAGAUUGAUUUCAAUUGCCCAUAUGCUGGAAACUCUCCCGAGGCUGAAGUUUUGACGACUAUUUUCACACAGUUAUUGAUGGAUUACUUGAAUGAAUAUGCUUAUUAUGCUCAGGUUGCUGGUUUAUAUUACGGCCUAAAUCACAUAGAUGGUGGUUUCCAGGUGACUCUCAUUGGCUAUAAUCACAAGUUAAGGAUUUUGCUUGAAACUAUUGUUGAAAAGAUUGCGAAAUUCGUAGUGAAAGCUGACAGGUUUUCAGUUAUAAAGGAAAUGGUAACCAAGGAUUACCAGAAUUUCAAGUACCAACAACCCUAUCAGCAGGCUAUGUACUAUUGCUCUUUGUUACUACAUGAUCAAACUUGGCCUUGGAUAGAACAGCUAGAAUUACUUCCUGCUCUUCAAGUUGAAGAUCUUGCUAAAUUUGUGCCGGCAAUGCUUUCCAGGACCUUUUUAGAGUGUUAUAUAGCAGGGAACAUUGAAAGCCACGAAGCAGAGUCAAUGGUUAGGCACAUAGAAGAUGUUCUCUUUAAUUGUUCAAAACCUCUAUGCAAGCCUUUAUUCUCAUCUCAACAUUUGACAAAUCGGAUUGUUAAACUUGAAAGUGGCAUUAAUUACUUCUACCCUUCAGAAUGUCUUAAUCCUGACGAUGAGAAUUCUGCUCUUGUGCACUAUAUACAGGUUGGUCGAGAUGACUUCAAGCUGAAUGUUAAACUUCAGCUUUUUGCACUUGUUGCAAAGCAACCAACCUUUCAUCAGCUACGAUCAGUUGAGCAGCUGGGGUACAUUACUGUGCUCAUGCAGAGGAAUAAUUGUGGUAUACGUGGACUACAGUUUAUUAUCCAAUCCACCGUAAAGUCUCCUGGAUACAUUGAGCAAAGGGUCGAGACAUUUCUCAAGAUGUUUGAGACCAAACUUAAUGAGAUGACAAAUGAUGAAUUCAAGAGUAAUGUAAAUGCUUUGAUAGAUAUGAAGCUGGAGAAACACAAAAAUUUGAGAGAAGAAUCAGCAUUUUUCUGGCGAGAGAUUAAUGACGGUACUUUGAGGUUUGAUAGGAGAGACUAUGAGGUUGAAGCAUUAAGGCAGCUCACGCUUCAAGAAUUGAUAGAUUUCUUCAAUGAAUAUGUCAAAGUUGGUGCACCUCGAAAGAAAACUCUGAGUGUACGAGUUCAUGGGAACCGCCAUUCUUCUGAAUACAAAGCAGAAGCCUCAGAACCACAUUUGUCUAAAAUAGAUAAUGUUUUCGCUUUUAGAAGAUCACAGCCUCUUUAUGGUUCAUUUAAAGGACUUUCUGGGCAGAUGAAACUGUAGCGAGUGGAUCCUCCCGAUUUAUGAACGUUUUCUCCUUAAAGAAAUACUUAAUUUUAAAACACCUGUAAUAUUGGGCACUCUCACAUUAGCUUGGCCAAAAUGUUACCUUUUCAAUUCACCAACAUGCUAUGUGCUAUUAAUUUGGAUUUAAAUCCAGUGAUAACUGUUGACCAAAAAAUAGAAACAAUCGAGUGAUAAAUUACACGAUCUCAAAUAUAUGAAUUACAUUUCAGUCUCAAAAUGGUUUAAUCAAAUCAAAUUACACAUAACAGUCUAUUCUUGAUAUAUUGACAUUUUAUAAUUUUUUUUAGAAUAGUUUGUUUUCAUGUAUUUAAAACUUUUGGACAAUAAUAUCUCUCUCUUGCUUUCUACUUUGCUUUCUUUUAUAGUGUUUUCUUUCUUUUCUCUGACUAUUGUUAUAAUGACAUUCAUAUUGCUAAGAUUUUUUGUCUCGUGUUUUUUCAUUUGAAUCACUAGAUUCAAGUUUUGCGUUUUAGAAGUUCUGAUGAAAGUUUGAAAUAGAUUGAAUGAGGAAAGAGACGCGAUAGGAAUGGUAGCAUUGGAGAGGUCGAGUGGGGAGUGGGAUUUGAGGGAGUGUGGGAUGGAGUAGGUUGGCGAAAAUAUUAAAUUUGAAUGUAAUUUUUGGUAGGUUUGGCGGUAGAUAGAUAGAGAGAAAGGAGGCUGAGGGAUGAGGUUUGAGUUGGUGAAAAUUUGAGCUUGUUGAGUUGUAUUUGAGAGAGAAAAGAUGAGAGAAGAAGCGUAAGAUUGUGGUGGUGGAAGAAGGCAAAACAAACAUCAUAAAAGAAAGGACGAGUGAUUGAAGGAGGAGAAAAAAACAAGAAGACAAGAGGUAAUAAGGACUUUUUUGCUAAAAAAUUUCAUAAGUCAAAAAUAUAAAAAAUCUAUUUCUCAAAGAUUCUUAAGGGACAUCAUUUUGUUAUAUAAUUUUAGUGUCUUUUAAAAAUGAAAAUUGUUGUGAUAGGCAAUUGUUAAUUUGAGAGAGGAAAAUUUUAAAAAUUAACUUUAGUGAAGUAUUUCAAGAACUUAAGUGAGAGUAUGUAUGUAUAUAUCUAUAAUUUACUUUAUUAAUUUUUCAUUUGUUUCAUCUUUAUAUUUGUUAACUUUUUUAUAUUCUUAGUCUUUUAGUUUUUUUCUUAUUAUUAUAUGUUUUAUAUUUUUUAAAUAUAAAUUGAUAUCAAGUAAUUUUUUUGGUAUUAAAUAAAUAAUUUAAUAUUAUUAAUAGUAUAAUACAUAUGAUUAACAGUACAUUUAUUUGUUAAAAAUCUUUCACUAGAAGGGUUUCAUGACAUUUUUUUGUUAUUUUCACAAAUAACUCUUUUAUAAACAAUGAGUAUGUUCCCCCUUGAAAUCAAAUAGUGUAAUUCAUAACGAAGCAUUUUUGUAAUUUUGUUUAUGUUUGAUGUGUAGAAACUAUACGUGCGUUGAAAAUUUUUUGUCGACAAGACAGAAACAUUUCCUUGGACUCUCACGACAAAUUUGGUUAAAGUAGAGGAUAUUCGCCACUAGCCUCAAUUCCAUUGGUGAAAAUAACGUGCUUCUCGAUCAUUGAAAGUCUAUAAUAACAGUUAUGGCUACUUAAAAUUCAUCAAAUGAUAAACACUGAAAGCUGCUUUAUCUGCCUGAGUUCCUUCACACUUUGACUCGGCAAAUCGUUUAUUUAUAGGCUUUAAAACUAACUUCAUUCCCAAUUACAAAUUUAACAUAGCACUACAUUUGUAACUGCUAAAAUAUCGUAAAAAUAUUGACAUCCGGCAAUUUAUUUGAAAUACCAAUGCUUUAUAGUACGAAGAUGCUUUUCACGAAUGCAGUACGAAUACACGUGUAGACAGACAAAUUAUUGGAUGA